AUGACCGCAACCACAACCACGGCCCUGUCAGCGCCACCAGUCAUCCCCUUCUACCUCUCGCAUCUCUCCCCCUUCUUUCUCCAUUACGUCUUCUCGACCAGCAACAGUCAUUUGAGGCAAUUACUAUGGGAACAUAGCCAGGUCGUCGUGGACACUUAUCCAGCCGCAUUCGGUCGUCAAACCCCCAAACUCGUACCUAGUAUCGAGGACGGCAAGAACAUGGCGGAACGAUACCGCAAGCGCAACUUUGAGCCUUCGACUCAGAUGGCUCAAUUGAUUCGAAAGUUUCAGAAGCCUUAUGGCAUGUUGAAGCGCGUGCACGGGCGGAGUAAACUUUGUAUUGAGAUCAUACCUGGCGAGGGUGAGGAUGGCGAGGCCAAUGAGGAGUUGGACAUCAACUACAGACCUGUGCGGUCCACGCUCAGGCAUCAUAUGGCGACAUACGAAGGAGAGAGCCGGUUGUACCAGAUGACGAGGGAGGGAGAGGUGUUGCUUGCCGCACGCCAAUGGAGGGAAGACCCGCGCAAGGUGCCGCCUAACAAUGAUGCGAAGGUCUGGGAGGAUCUCUUCGGCAAGUUUCGGCAUGGGAAGUCGCUUUCGGGCAAAAGGGAGAAGGCUUUGAGUAGGCGGGGCUGCUGGAGGAAUGGAAAAGUUGUGAGUGUUGUUGACGAUGAGAUCUUUCCGGGAUGGGGAGAGAAGUGGGAGGUUGAUGAGGACGGUGGGGAGGCCCCGAGGUCCAUCGACGCCGACUCGGCCGACACGCUACUUGCAAAUGCCAGCAGGGUGAAAGGGGUCGAAAGUCUUGGAAUGCAAACCUUGAGGCUGGGAGAGAAGCGCCAGCGCGACGAGGAUGAUGCUAGCGAAGAGCAUAUGGGUGCCGUCAAGAAGCCCCGCACGGCAUGA